UAUCUAAAAAUGGCGGAGAAAACAACACGAGAUAGCUUGGAACAUUUUUGUCGCGGUAUAAUUGAUGUGUACGGUGCGCGUUAUCUUAGAACGCCUACAUGGGAGGACCUUCAAAAGAUCUACGAGGUACAUAAUGCCGAGCAUGGUUUGCCUGGUAUGAUCGGGAGCAUAGAUUGCAUGCAUUGGCGUUGGGAUAACUGCCCGACUGCAUGGCGAGGCCAACACACACGUGGUGACCAAAAAGGACCCACUAUUAUUCUUCAGGCGGUUGCUUCACAGGAUCUUUGGGUUUGGUCGGCUUACUUUGGCGUGGUCGGGUCAUGCAAUGAUAUCAAUGUUUUAGAACAAUCGCCGUUGUUAGAGGAGUGGAUUUCUGGCAAAGCUCCAAAAGCGUCGUUUUACGCAAAUGGAAACUACUACCCCCAUGGAUAUUAUUUGAGCGACGGAAUUUAUCCUAGGUAUUCGAUUUUUGUGAAGACGUUUAGUGAUUCUAUUGAUGAGAAAAGAGCAUACUUUAAAAAGGUUCAAGAGUCUUCACGAAAAGAUAUUGAGAGAUGCUUUGGGGUUCUUAAACAACGCUGGCAAUACUUGAGAAAUCCUUGUCGUGCAUGGAGCAAGCAAAAAAUGAGAGAUGCUAUGUACGCUUGUAUAAUCAUGCACAACAUGAUUUUGGAAGACGAAGGAAAGGCGAUAUGCCAGAAUUAUGUGCCAGAAGCCGUUCACCAGGAGCAUCCGCAGGCGUCAAUGGAAGAAAGAGUGAGUAACGCGCGAGAGUUGCGUUACGAACCGUACCAUUCCCAGUUAAUGGUUGAUUUGGUACACCACGCAUGGUCGGUUCGUUACGUACCACCUGAGGGAGAGGAAGAAACGGAGGACGAGGAAGACGAAGUUGGCGAGGGUGACGAAAGCGAAGACGAAAACUAGU